AAAAUAAACGCUGUACCUAAAGUUUAUAAUUUAGACUUAAUAUAAAAUUUAUAAAGCCUAACAUUUAAUUAAUUUUAGUUAAGCUUCACAAAAACAUAUUUUUCAUUAACUUUGCCUUUUAUAAUAUAGGGUUCAAAUUUGUUGCCUUUGCAAUUAUAUUCUUUGAAUAUAUUCCGUAAGGAAUACUGAUAAAGAUAUACUAACAUAUACACAAACGUUCGGAUUUUCAUCCAAACUGUUUUCACAGAGCAAUAAAUUUUUAUACUUAUAGAUGGUGUAUGCAAAUUAAAAUUAACAUAAAAAUUUUUAUACAUUUGAUAGGGCUAUAAGAUAAAACACGUCAAUCUAAAUGGCAUUAAUGCAACAGUUAAUUCGUAAUUUAGCACGACCCAUCGUGCGUCGCAAAUACUCCACAGCUGUUGGUUUCAAUUUCGAACUUUCAGACGAGCAAAAGGAAAUGCAAGCGUUAGCCAAAAAAUUUGCUGCAGAAGAAAUUAUCCCAGUUGCGAGCCACUAUGAUAAAACUGGAGAGUAUCCUUGGCCUGUGGUAAAAAAGGCUUGGGAAUUAGGUUUAAUGAAUGGACAUAUCCCUCAAGAUAUUGGUGGAUUAGGUUUGGAUGUUUUAACAACCUGCGUAAUGGCUGAAGAAAUUGCUUAUGGAUGUACUGGCAUAAUGACCGCAAUGGAAGCGAGUGGUCUUGGUCAAACACCCGUUCUAUUAUCUGGAAAUAAAGAACAAAAAAAAAAAUAUCUUGGCCGGCUUCUUGAGGAACCCCUAGUAGCAGCAUAUUGCGUAACCGAACCAGGUGCCGGCUCUGACGUUAACGGGGUUAAAACCCGAGCAGUAAAAAAAGGCGACGAAUAUAUUUUAAACGGACAAAAAAUGUGGAUUACAAACGGCGGUGUUGCCAAUUGGUAUUUUGUGCUAGCAAGAACUGAUUCGGAUCCAAAGGCUCCAGCUAACAAGGCCUUCACAGGAUUUAUAGUUGAGAGAGAGACCCCUGGUCUUACUCCUGGUCGUAAAGAACAAAACAUGGGACAAAGAGCUUCAGAUACACGAGGUAUCACAUUUGAGGAUGUUCGCGUACCAAAAGAAAAUGUUCUGAUUGGUGAAGGAGCUGGUUUCAAGAUUGCUAUGGGUACUUUUGAUAAAACUCGUCCCCCAGUAGCAGCUGGAGCUGUAGGCUUAGCUCAAAGAUGUUUAGAUGAAGCUUUAAAAUAUUCCCUAGAACGUAAAACUUUUGGUGUACCAAUAGCAAUGCAUCAAGCUGUUUCCUUUAUGCUAGCGGACAUGGCAAUGGGUGUAGAAACAUCACGUUUGGCUUAUAGGAAAGCUGCUUAUGAAGUUGAUCAAGGUCGCAGAAACAGUUAUUAUGCUUCUAUUGCUAAGUGCCAUGCUGCUGAUGUUGCAAAUAAAAUUGCGUCUGAUGCUGUUCAAAUAUUUGGUGGAAAUGGAUUCAAUAGCGAAUACCCCGUAGAAAAGUUAAUGAGAGAUGCAAAGAUAUAUCAAAUAUACGAAGGUACUUCUCAAAUUCAAAGAAUAAUUAUAUCAAGGCAGCUAUUUGAUAGACUUGGAAAGUAAGUUUAAGCAAGUGUAACUUCAAAACCAAAUUGUAAACGAAAAAAUUUUUACAAGUUUUACGCCAAAAUUUUGUUCGCGUCUUUUUUCGAUUAUUGUAAGUUUAUUAACUAUAACAAAACUUGUCGAUAUUGCAUGUUAAAAUUUUUUUAUAUUAUAAUACUAUUAUUAAAUUAAAAAUACUUAAUAUAAAAGAAUUGUAAAAAUGAUGCAAUUGAAAAAAUUAAAUGGAGAUUAAAGAUAAUUUUUAAAAAAU